GCCACAUCUACUGUUGUAGCUAGUCGUCACUCACGGCAGGUCGCCAUAUUAAACCUGACGGAAACAGCGACGGUCCGCGGCUGGGAUCGCGAGGGGCCCCUCUCCAAAACAAAUCCCUAAACACACCUUUAUUCCCCGUAUUCACCCCGGGGAUCAUUUAUGCAUAGGACUGAAUAAUCCAGUCUGUUCUCAGACAGGAGUCUGGGAAGGAGGUUUGUUUUAGUCUGUUUGAGAGAUGAGUAACUUGACCCAGCGGAGCUCCGGCCUGGUGCAAAGGCGCACCGAGGCUUCGCGUAGCGCUGCAGCCGCAGACAGAGAGCGCGGAUCCGGCGACGAGGACUACGAGCCCCGCCGAGGAGACGAGCAGGACGACGACGACAGCAGCGAUGCCAAGGAAACCAGACUGACCCUGAUGGAGGAAGUACUGCUGCUGGGCUUGAAAGACCGCGAGGGCUACACCUCCUUCUGGAAUGACUGCAUUUCAUCAGGCCUGCGGGGCUGCAUGCUCAUUGAGCUGGCCUUACGAGGAAGACUGCAGCUGGAGGCCUGUGGCAUGAGGAGGAAAAGCCUGCUUACCCGGAAGAUUAUAUGCAAGUCUGACGCUCCAACUGGGGACGUGCUGUUGGACGAGGCUCUAAAACACAUAAAAGACACUCAACCGCCCGAAACCGUGCAGAGCUGGGUAGAGUUGCUCAGUGGCGAGACAUGGAACCCGCUGAAGCUUCACUAUCAGUUGCGUAACGUCCGAGAGCGCCUGGCCAAGAAUCUCGUAGAGAAGGGCGUCCUGACAACGGAGAAACAAAACUUCCUUUUGUUCGACAUGACUACACACCCCCUUACCAAUAAUAAUAUUAAGCAGCGCCUUAUUAAGAAGGUGCAGGAGGCCGUGCUGGACAAGUGGGUGAACGACCCUCAUCGAAUGGACAAGCGCAUUCUGGCCCUUAUAUUCCUAGCCCAUUCCUCUGAUGUACUAGAGAAUGCGUUUGCCCCGCUUCUGGAUGACCAGUACGAUCUGGCCAUGAAGAGAGUACGGCAGCUGCUAGACCUGGAGCCUGAGGGAGAGAGCAUGAAGAACAACACCAAUGAGCUGCUGUGGGCUGUGGUGGCUGCCUUCACCAAAUGAAGCAAUGGAAAAUAAAACGGUUGGACUGGUUAAAUCAGGUUUGAGAAGUGGUUGACCUGGUGCAUCAAAAUGGAGUCUUGUUUUUUCUCCUUGUAGAUAGCUCCCUUCCUCCCUACUCUUUCUGCAAGAUCCGUCCUUGGGUUUCUUUUUUGUUUGACCGGUGUAUUUUGUCCUCCUUUAAUUGUUUGUUCAUUUGAAUGCAAUUGGGUACUUUCUCACCAUAGACUGUUGGAACAUUUACAUUUUGCAUUGCUGCACAAAACGGCCUGUUUUUCAUUGUUUUCUUGCCUGGAUAUCUGUGUUGGGUAUCUAACAGUUCUUCUUACAAUGUUUUGUCAUCAGUUUCAUACAUUUCAUUGGAACUGAUUCAUUGUGAUUUAAGCUGUGUACGCCAAAGCAGUAUCUGUGUAGGGUAAGGCACAACAGAUCAUUAAGAAAAUAAAGUACACUGCUGUGUAUCAUAUUUUUAAUUUUAAUUUGUUGUCAAAAUUUGUUUUCAUACUAAUAAUGGGGCCUGAAAAGAAACCAAAAAGGUAAUCAAGGACUAAAUCCUGAUGUGAUAACAUUUUAAUGGUUUGUGGCAAGUGUGCCACAAAGCAGCUUCACACUACUGAAACGAAAAAAAGAAGAAAAAAAUGUUUUUAGAGAGGAGAAACGAAGUUCAGGUUGUUAGAGGACCUGUCAAGUAUAUUUACUGGGUGGUUUAUCAGCAAUCUUUUAUGACAGCUAAACCAUUGCGAUUCCUUCCGUAUGGUCCAUAAACACCCCAUGAAUGCUUCAACCUUCAAUGCUUCAAUACUCUACCUCUUCACACAUUUAUUGUUGUGACUCAUUAGCUUUCUUGUGCUUCUUAUUAAUUUCAAAUACUUUUAUGUGCCUGAGAUUGGUUACAGGAUGCAUAGCUCUCAAGAUGCAGGAUGUACUGUUGCUCUUUGUGACGUGACAUUAAUUGGAGGUAGAUUCAGAAAGCGUUUGUUCCUCGGUUGCUCAGUAGUCUUCAUACCUUUUGUAUAUGCCUACCAGAAACUAAUAUGAGGACCACAAGAGCUUUUUUUUUAAAGUAAUCUGUGUUCUCCCUGCAAAUAAAAACACAUCUGAAUGGCAUACAGCUUAAUUUUCUUUCAAAUAUUUUUCUAUUGAUUUAUGUAGAGGUUGAAUGUCAAAAGGUUUCAUUCAUGUAAUCACACUUCUAAACAUAGGAAUAAAAUAUAUAUAUACAUACAUAUAUAUAGACUUUAUAAUGUGACUUUUAUAUGUAAGAGCAGAUUCCACCAUUUUCUCGAGUCAGUAUAUUUUUGAUAGUAUUUUAUCAUUUGCUGAUUGACAAUGCAUUCUGUCACAAUCUAGUUAACUCUGUAUAUAGUUUCUAAUGUAAUCAUGCUGCUUACCGUAACUCUGUAUCAAACAUGUUCAUUUAUUUUGACUGGCAUGUAAAAGCUAACACAAGCACGUCUUAAUUUUGUUUUUACGCUAUGAAAAUCUUUUGAGAAAGCCUUCAUUCAAUCACAAUAUUUUAAUGUUGUUGUUUUUUUGUCAUUAUGCUGAUUUUUAUUUAGUUUUAUAGCAAUAAUUAAAUCAACAUGCUUUUGUUUUGUUCUUUGUUUUCUUCAUGAUGCAAAAUACUUGCUUUUCAAUAGUUAAUUGUAUGUAGCGAUGGUCUGAGAAAUCCACCGAUUGUUUGGAAGAGUCGGGAUUUUCACUUGUCUAAAAAGUGUCUCAGAGUAAAAGACAAUUAAGAUCAUGUGUGUAGCUUUAGGACUCAUUAUAAAGGGACCCCAAUGUAUAUACUUUAUUACAAUGAAAUAAACUAUGGUCUUGAAAGUGCCUCAAA